CUCACGUUCAUAUACAGUGUUAAGCCACUCAAAACAUCUCUUCAUCAUAAAUGCUUCUGCAAUUUUUUUGUAUAUUAGAUCAAAGAAGACAUUUGCUUUAUUCCCUAUUCUACUAGAUCGAUCCCAAUACAUGCUAUUACGCUAAAACUGCACAACACCCAAUUGCUCACGGCUCAAUAAAUUUCCAUUCCUUCCUCUAUUUCUCAUAUUGAAACCUGAAGCACAAUUAAGGUCCAAUCACUUGCCAUUGAUAUCGCAACUUUGGAGGGAGUUUCUACUGCAAUUGGUUCAAGGGGAGUAGGAUUCAUGCCUCAAUCAAAAAAACUCUAUGGUAUAAGUUUCAAUCUGAAAUUCGCGAAGGCAAAGUUUAUUCAUUUGAAAACAUGGGUGUUGCUGCUAAUGGGGGGAGCUAUAAGACCACCCAUCAUCCAUAUAAGCUGAACUUCCAAUUUGGAACAAAAUGUUUGCCAUUGUGUGGUGCAUUAGUGAGUGGUUCUGAUUUUAAGUUUGUUCCAAUUUCUGACAUAGUAGGUGGUUCUUAUGAUUGUGACUACUUGGUUGAUGUUAUUGGAAUGUUGACGGGUGUUGGCACAGAGAGAGAAUAUGAACGCAAUGGCAGUGCUACCAAACUCAAUGUCAUUGCCAUGGAAGCUGAUGGAUACAAGCUUCAGUGCACUUUGUUUGGGACUUAUGUAGAUGAGUUGAACACGUUUUUGGCAACUGGUGAAACUGCUAAUGUUGUAGUGUCUAUUCAACUAGCUAAGGUGAAGGUUUUUCAAGAAGAAGGGAAAAUCGAAUCUGUACAGAGGAAGGAGAAGAGGACAGAAUCGAAAAAACGCAAGCAAUCGAAGCCAGCAACAGAAACGCAAGCACACGAAGCUGAAGCAACAGCAAUCGAAGCCGAAGCAACAGCAAUCGAAGCCGAAGCAACUGCAACGAAGCGCACACGCGAAGAACACGAAGCAACAACGCCAAGCCAAGAGCCGCUGCAAUCGUGA